AUGAGAGAUUUUGAUAUUAUUAAAAAUAUAACAGAAAGUCGGGUAUUUUAUAUAUUAGUUGUAAUAAUAGUUUUAUGUGAAUUCUUAUAUACAUUUUAUACUAACCAAGAUCUCUUAAAACAACAACCUCCAACAACAUCAAGCGAGAUUUCUAAAUUUGUUUUACCACAAUUAUUAUUAAAUGCUAGACAACGACCUAGAGAUGAUUUUAUUGUUAAAGUAGAAAAUGUCGAGAAAAAUUGUGGAGACUGGCGAACAAUUCCGAUAAAAGAUUGUCUAAAGUAUCUUGAUAUAUACGAAACGAAUUAUAACCUACCAUAUGACAGGAUUGAAGGUGCAUUAAAACCACCAUCAUGUGUUAACGAUAAGGAUAAUACUGAUAAGCACGAGGCCGAUAAAAUUAUACAUGUAAAAAAUGGACAGCGAGAAACAUCUUUAUCAAAUAUUAUGCUUUUUCAUGUAUUUUGGAAAGGAAACAUAAGUGAUAAACUUGCGUUAAUGAUGAAGGCAUUUAUAUAUAGUCAACCACUCAAAUGUUCUAAACUUUAUGUCUGGAUACAGGCAGAUAAUGAACAAAAUUUAACGAGUAGUGAACAUAUGGAAUUGUUAACAAGCAAUGAAAAUAUGAAAUUGUUAACUAGAUUUAUACCACAUUAUAUUGAAUUGAAAAUUUGGGAUACAAAAACACAACUUUCUUCAAUUGAUUUAUUUAAUGGAUGGGAGAAUAUGCUUAAGGGUAAAAGAACUGUAUCAUUUAGUGACCUGGUAAGAUUUGUUGUACUUUACAAAUACGGUGGCAUGUAUGUAGAUGCAGAUGUAUUAUUAUUACGUGAUAUGAGGCCAUUUUAUCAUUCAAAUUUCGAAUUUUCUUAUCGUUGGAGCUACCUCGAUGAAUACAACACCGCUGUACUACGACUUUGGAAAAAUUCAGCUACUGCAACAGCGGUAAUAAAAGGUGCAAUGAAAAAUAAUCUAGAUUUUCAUCCAUUCAGGGUCAAAAAAUAUUUAUUAAAUGAUACUACAACAACAAAAGAACUCAAUGAAAAACUUUACAUGUUACCAGUUGGGUUGUUUGAUCCUUUGUGGUUGAGGAAUGAUGGUAGACAAAGCAGUUCAUUAUCACCAAAUCUUAAUAGAUUAGAUCAGGCAUUUGAGGCUGAUUUCGUUAAAGAUGAAUUUCCUGGUGUCAACCUAACAGAAAAAGUCACACCUCUGUCGCUUCGUAAAAUAGAAAAUUUCUUUCGUGGUUCUUAUGCCUAUCAUUGGCAUAAUCAUUGGAGUACAGUGAUCGAACCUUCAUCUUGGAUAGGUGUAAUACAGACAGCUUGUGAUCAAUUCAUAGAAGGAAAAAGAAGAAAUUUAUAUAAUGAAGUCAUUGUACCUCCUUUAUAA